AACCUAAAAAAGAAGAAAAAGUGCUAGGCGAAGGCGAGCUGGUAAUAUCUGUCCUGUUGAGAGAAAAAUUAUAAUUUUUGUUAUUUGAAACGAAUUGGAGGCAAUAGCACCAUUUAGCGCGAAAAAUGUCACAUCAUUAUGUGGUUACGGCACAAAAGCCGACAGCGGUCGUUAGUUGUGUGACCGGAAAUUUUACAUCGCCAACUGAUUUAAAUUUGAUCAUCGCUCGCAACAGUCAGUUGGAAAUUGAUUUAGUAACACCAGAAGGUUUGCGGCCGUUGAAGGAAGUAAAUAUUAAUGGACAAAUAUCCGUCAUGCGUCACUUUCGCCCUCAGGACAGUAAGAAGGAUUUGCUCUUUAUACUUACCCUACGAUACAAUGUCAUGAUAUUGGAAUGCCGAAUGAUAGGCGACCAAAUCAGUGUUGUAACAAAAGCGCAUGGUAAUGUGUCCGAUCAAGUAAGUAUACCAACCGAGGGCGGAGUAAUCGCCGUCAUUGAUCCAAAGGCACGUGUUAUCGGUAUGUGCCUCUACAUGGGUCUAUUCACCAUAAUACCUUUGGAUAAGGAGACAAGCGAACUAAAGGCGACCAAUUUACGUAUGGACGAAUUAAAUGUUUAUGAUGUUGAAUUUCUAUAUGGUUGCAUAAAUCCCACGAUUAUUGUUAUACACAAAGAUGUUGAUGGACGUCAUGUAAAGACACACGAGAUCAACUUACGUGACAAGGAGUUUAUGAAAAUAGCUUGGAAGCAGGACAAUGUCGAAACUGAAGCAACAAUGUUGAUACCAGUGCCAACACCUCUGGGUGGCGCCAUUGUUAUUGGUCGGGAAUCGAUUGUUUACCAUGACGGAAAUAGCUACCAUGCUGUGGCACCUUCUACCUUUAAGCAAAGUACCAUUAACUGCUAUGCACGUGUAGAUAGCAAGGGCCAACGAUAUUUGCUGGGCAACAUGUACGGCCAGUUGUUUAUGUUGUUCUUGGAAACCAUCGACAAUGGCAAGGGUGGAGUGUCCGUCAAGGAAAUAAAAGUUGAAUUGCUAGGAGAAAUUUCCAUACCGGAGUGUAUAACAUAUUUGGAUAACGGAUUUCUUUUCAUUGGUUCGAAGCACGGCGACUCACAGCUAGUACGUCUGAGUACGACUCCAAAUGAAAAUGGCUCAUACGUCAUUCCGAUGGAAAAUUUUACUAGCCUGGCACCCAUCCUUGACUUAGGUGUAGUAGAUUUAGACCGACAGGGACAAGGCCAAAUAAUAACUUGUUCAGGCAGUUUUAAAGAUGGAUCACUUCGCAUUAUUAGAAUCGGUAUUGGCAUUCAAGAACAUGCUUGCAUUGACCUGCCCGGUAUAAAGGGUAUGUGGUCGCUCAAAGUAGGCAUCGACGACAGUAUUUUUGAAAACACAUUGGUGUUGGCAUUUGUGGGUCACACGCGCAUUUUGACGCUUACUGGGGAGGAAGUUGAAGAAACAGAAAUACCUGGAUUUAUUAGCGACCAGCAAACGUUCCAUUGCGCCAAUGUGGAUUACGAUCAGAUAAUACAAGUAACGCCCCUAACUGUGCGCCUUGUGAAAAGUAGCACCAAGAGUUUGGUGGGUGAGUGGCAGCCGCCAGAUGGUAAACGUAUCGGUGUCGUAUCCUGUAAUUCGACUCAAAUUGUUGUCGCCUCGGCAUGCAAUGUAUAUUACAUUGAAAUUGAGAACUGCUACUUGGCUGAAAAAUGUCACAGGGCAUUAGAAUAUGAAGUUGCUUGUUUGGAUAUUACUCCACUAGAGGAGGGUAAAAAUAAGGCUAAUCUCGUUGCAGUUGGCUUGUGGACAGAUAUAUCCGCUGUGGUCUUAUCACUGCCGAAGCUGGAAACUAUGUACACUGAAAAACUAGGCGGUGAAAUCAUACCACGCUCCAUUUUAAUGACCACCUUUGAAGGCAUACACUAUUUGCUAUGUGCAUUGGGUGAUGGUUCUAUGUUCUAUUUUAUUUUAAAUAGAGCCGAUGGUCGCUUAAGCGAGAAAAAGAAAGUUGCGCUGGGAACACAACCUACAACUUUGCGAACUUUCAAAUCAUUUGCGACUACUAAUGUUUUUGCCUGCUCCGAUCGUCCUACAGUUAUUUAUUCCUCAAAUCAUAAAUUAGUAUUUUCAAAUGUGAAUUUGAAAGAAGUAAAUCAUAUGUGCUCAUUGAAUGCGCAGUCAUACCCAGACAGCUUAGCUUUAGCCACAAAGAACUCGGUAAUAUUAGGAACCAUCGAUGAGAUACAAAAGCUACAUAUUCGCACAGUACCUCUUGGCGAGGGUCCACGACGUAUUGCGUAUCAGGAGAGUUCACAGACCUUCGGUGUGGCAACGCUACGUGUUGAUGUCCAAGGACGAGGCGGACCCAAACCGACAAGACCAAGUGCUUCGACUCAAGCGCAGAAUAUCACCUACGCAUCGAACAUUGUACCCAAACCGGGUGGCGGUAAUACAGCAACUACAAAUGCAGAAAUUGGCCAAGAAUUGGAUAUAAACAACUUAUUGAUAAUUGACCAGAAUACUUUCGAAGUAUUGCAUGCGCAUCAAUUCAUGCCAUCCGAGAGCAUAAUUUCAUUAAUGUCUGCUAGGUUAGGUGAUGACCCCAACACGUAUUAUGUGGUUUCAACCGCCCUCAUUUAUGCCGAUGAACCUGAACCCAAAGUAGGUCGUAUAAUCAUUUUCCACUAUAACGAAGGAAAACUAACUCAAGUGGCUGAAACAAAAAUCGACGGUUCAUGCCACUCACUGGUUGAGUUUAAUGGCAAAGUGUUAGCCGGCAUAAAUAGUUUUGUACGCCUUUAUGAAUGGACAAAUGAAAAGGAGUUACGUAUGGAAUGCAAUAUUCAGAAUAACAUUUCUGUUUUGUAUCUAAAGGCCAAAGGUGAUUUUAUUUUGGUAGGCGAUUUGAUGCGUUCAAUGACGCUGCUACAACAUAAGCAAAUGGAGGGCAUUUUCGUUGAGAUUUCACGAGAUUGCGACCCGAAGUGGAUGCGUGCUGUAGAAAUCUUGGAUGAUGACACAUUUUUGGGGUCCGAGACCUAUGGCAAUCUGUUUGUGUGUCAAAAAGAUAGUGCUGCCACUACAGACGAAGAGCGUCAAUUGUUGCCUGAAGUCGCACGCUUUCAUUUGGGCGAUGUCGUAAAUGUGUUCCGACACGGUUCGUUGGUGAUGCAAAAUGUAGGUGAACGCACUACACCCAAUCAGGGUUGCGUGCUGUAUGGCACUGUAAAUGGCGCCAUUGGUAUUGUCACACAGAUACCGCAAGAUUUCUACGACUUUCUGCAUAGCCUUGAGGAGCGUUUAACGAACACAAUUAAAUCGGUGGGGAAAAUAGAUCACUCUUAUUAUAGAAGUUAUCAAACGACGCAAAAGACGGAGCCAUGUGAAAACUUUAUUGAUGGCGAUUUAAUUGAAAGCUUUCUUGAUUUGAGUAGAGAAAAAAUGAAGGAAACUGUAAUGGGCUUGGAGCUAACCUUGAGCGGUGAAAAGAAGGAAGCUGAUGUUGAUGAUGUUAUUAAAAUUGUUGAGGACCUUACGAGAAUGCACUGAAAUGCUCAUUUCAGUGCUAGUUUGAUUUUUAUGCUAUUGCAAUGCGCCUAUGUCUAUAAUACAUCGAUAUACCAAGGUUUUCGAUCUAUUAAUUGAAUGAGUUGUUUAAUAGACACGAAAGAGAAAAUAAAUAUUACUUGUACCCGCUCGUUAAUAUUAAAACUCGAAA